AUGGGGCAGCCGGGGGUGCCCCUGGCCCUGCUGGGGCUGGGGCUGUGCUGGGCAGCGGCGGCCGAGCGGCACACGGUGUUCUGGAACAGCUCCAACCCCCGGUUUCUGUGGAGUGACUACACGGUGGAGGUUCGUCUCAAUGAUUACCUGGACAUUAUCUGCCCUCACUACGAGGAGGGCAGCGUGGACCCCCGGGCCAUGGAGCGCUACACGCUGUACCUGGUGGAGCUGGAGGAGUACCAGGCCUGCAAGCCCCGCUCCAAGGAGCAGAUCCGCUGGGAGUGUGACAAGCCCAGCGCCCUGCACGGCCCCGAGAAGUUCUCUGAGAAGUUCCAGCGCUUCACUCCCUUCACGCUGGGCAAGGAGUUCAGGGAGGGACACAGCUACUACUACAUCUCCAAACCCAUCCACCACCACGGCGAAGCCUGCCUGAAGCUGAAGGUGACGGUGACAGGCAAAGGCACUCCAGCACCGCCUGCCCCGGCCUCGACACAGAAGGGGAGGAUCCAGGCAGACGAUGCAGCUGCGCACGUGCUGAGGAGCGUGGGGCAGAACUCGGCCAUGCGCAGCAGCAGCCGCCCCUUCACCUUUAUCAGCCUCCUCCUGCCCCUCCUGGUGCCACAGGGGCUCUGAGCUGCCCCUCGUGCCCGGACCCACCGAGGCUGUGGCCAUUGGGGACCCCCGUGGUCCCCGCACAUCUGCCCCGGGUGCCCUGCCCUGUGCACAUCUGGGCAAGGAAAGGAUUUGUCAGUAUUAUGGGGCUGGAGGCCCCAAAGCCAUCGGAGCAGCUGGAGCCUUCAGGCUUCCCUGGCCCUUCCAGGAUGCUCCUGGCAGCCAGAGGCCGAGCGAGAGCCUGGAGCUGGAGGGGCUGAGGUGCCCCAGACUGGAGAGGGGCAGGGGGCUGGCACCCCUGUCCGGCAGCUGAGCUCGCCCAACACCCUCGGGGCUUUCCCCGUGGUGGGCUGGAACUGGAAUGUGUCCUGCAGGCGGGGACGUGGGGGUGGCCAGGUGACCCCAGUGUCAGUGGCCAGGGAGCACGGACAGGCUGGAGAUGCCCUGCAGCCAGGGGAGAGGGGUUAUGAGAAACACCUCACUCCUCCCUGUGCUGCACCCCUACCCCUGCCUUCAUCCCCCGGCCCUUCCCCAUCCCUCCCCUCCGCUGGGUGCCGGAGGGGCCCCCCAGAACUCCCUUUGUACAGCUUUCUAACACGGGACUUUUUAUACCAUUGUCGGGAAUAAAUAACCAAAACCA